UCUCUCUCUCUCUCUCUCUCCCUCUCAUAUAAAACGUCCCCCCCCUCCACUGACUCUCACAUCUACAAACUCCUCCGUCCUCGUCGCUGCGUCUCCAAACACCUGACCCUCCUGAACGAGCUCCCUCGCCCCAGGACUCCCUCCCUCCCUCCCUCGCUCGCUCUUCACCUCCCCUCGAGUCGUUCUCUCGCCCUCGACUCAGUCAGGAGGAGAUUUUUCUCUCUUUUUUUCUUCUUCUUGUAUUUUGCAGCCGAGACGAUUCGAGGACAGUUUGACACGAGGGGAGAUUCUCCACGAAGAGGCAUGAGCCCCACGUGCCUGUGGGCGGCUGCCGCGCUGCUGUCAAUCAUCUCUCUGGUCACCGGCGCCGGGUCACCGAGUUCAGGAAGCUCGGACUUAAGAGGGAGCUCGAAAUCCAAAGGGAAGACGUACUGGAGCGAGAGCAGCAAGGCCUUCUCCAUCAGCCGCCUGCUCUCCCAGACGCUCUACGACAAGGAGAACUUCACCUCCCUGGACCUGAACUACGGAGAGGCCGACUCCUUCUCCAAGCAGGAGCAGUGGAACUGGCUCUACAACGCCUCGAACCCCCGGGACCCCCGAUCCAGGACGAAAAGGAGGCCCAUCGUCAAGACCGGCAAGUUCAAGAAGAUGUUCGGUUGGGGCGACUUCCACUCCAACAUCAAGACGGUGAAGCUCAACCUCCUCAUCACCGGUAAGAUCGUAGAUCACGGAAACGGGACGUUCAGCGUCUACUUCCGCCACAACUCCACCGGUCAGGGCAACGUGUCCGUGGGACUGGUUCCUCCGACCAGAGCUGUGGAGUUCCAGGUGCAACAGCAUCAGCAGCACCACCACCACCACAACCAGCAGCAGCAGCAGCAGCAGCAGCAGCAGCAGCAGCAGACGGCCCUGGAGGCCAAGGACGCCAAGCUGUUCAACUGCCGGGUGGAGUACGAGAAGGUGGAGAAGGGCACCAGGAACUCGCUGUGCGCCCACGACCCCUCGCAGAGCUGCCCGCAGGAGCAGACCCAGAGCCACGUGUCCUGGCUGUGCUCCAAGCCCUUCAAAGUCAUCUGCAUCUUCAUCAACUUCUACAGCACCGACUACAAGCUGGUGCAGAAGGUGUGUCCGGACUACAACUACCACAGCGACACCCCCUACCUCCCCACCGGCUGAUCGUGUGAGCGGAGGAGGAAACGAAAACCCCCCCAUAAAGACAGGCUGUCGGGUCCUGAGCGAUGUCAGAAUAUUUGAAUAAAAAUGGAGUCGGGACACUUCAAAGUUUGAAACGUUGACAGGUUUUAUUACAGCUAACACGUCCUCGUCUGAGACUGAUCCAGCUCCAGUGAACACACCUGCCCCGGGGUCAUGGUGGGAGACUUUACAGGCUUGCAACACUCUAUACUAAACACAAAGCUGCUUAUACAUCGAAAGGAAAUUCUCAAGCCAACCGUAAAAAUAUGCUGAUUGUCUUUAUGUAAAUAUCGUGGAUUCCACACAAAGACCUGAGAACAGUUUUAUUAAUGUUUUCUCCUGCUAUUCUCAUUGUUUAUUACGUUGAUGGUGUAUUUCCCGUCUCAAUCAUGCUUUUCCCGUCUUUUCCAAUCAGUCUCUGGUAAUCACUGCAAACACGUAAAUGUCAAUGCAAAUACGAAGAACCUGUCAGUAUGCAUUAGAGGGCGUAAUGGAAAAAGCAAACAUUUCUGGAGUGGUGUUGUUUUCUGCCGUGUGAUUGUUAGAAUGAAUAUACCUCUCUGGUGUUGUUGUUGGAGUCGUCCAUGUACGUGCAUGAUCAGAAUGUGGUAAACAACUGAAAAAACAAUCCAUCUGUCACAAGUAAUCCUUCAUCGAGCCUCAGACGUCACCGGAGAACAAGAACAAGACAACAAAAAAAGAGAGACUUCUGUUUUAAUUCUGUGUUAUGUGUCAACGCUCUUAAGGCCGUGGGUGGAGCCGAGUAGACGAAACCAGUGGAGGGUUCCAGUCAAACACGAGCAAGAAAAUAAAGAAAUAAAAGAUGCAGACGACAGAAAUACAGACGAUCUUUUCUCUGCACUGCAUUUCAAAAAACAAAUUCUGGUGUUUUCUCAGUCCCGCUUAGAUUUAGACUUUUAGACUCUUAUUUUUGUGAAUUUACAGGAAGUACAAGACAGUUUAAUGCAGCUUGAUCACAUUUACUGUUGAGCCGAUACUAUUCUAGUUCAUUUGUGUCAUUGUAGGUUUUGUAAGUUGAACAUAAACAUUGUUGUUUUUGGUCAUUUGCUAAAAUGGUUGAUGAACAUACUUAAAUACUUUAGUUUGACGAUUUUGCACAUUUCGACGGCUCUAAUAUUUCCACACAAAAUUCAUAAAUGUUCCAGAAAUGAUCUGUGUGAACACGUGUUUAUCUAAAUCAGGUAGAAAUUUAUUUGUAUUUUCCAUGUUCACAAAGAUGCAGAAGACGGACACGAGAAGAUAAUUUAAAAAAAAUCAAACAUGA